ACAUCGCGAGAACAUCAAGGCUCAGCUACAGGUGGCAAAGUCGCAAGUCCACUUCAGUAUUGAUCUAUGGUCGUCGCCGCAUCGGAAAGCCUUCCUCGGAAUAUGUGCGCAAUGGGUCGAUGAACACUAUAAGCUCCGCGAGGCCCUACUGGGUCUGCCGAACAUACAGCACAGUCACUCGGGCGAGACGAUGUCAAGGCACCUGCUAGACACAAUACGGUAUUUCCAUAUUGCCGGAAACAUUGGUUACUUUACGGCGGAUAACGCUACCUCCAAUGAUACUUGCCUACGUGCUUUAUCAACAUCACUGGCGAACGAAUUUGGCGUCGGAUUUGACCCCAUUGAGCGUCGCGUUCGUUGCGGAGGCCAUAUUAUCAAUCUGUGCCUCCAGGCGUUUCUUUUUGCCNCGUCGCGGCGAUUGAAGAGGCGGAUGACAACAUGGAUGCGACAGUUGUUGAGUCUCUGCAGGCGCAAUUGCAGCAAAAGGAACGGCAAGGGCAAAUACCGAAGGGUGUCAGAUGAUCAAGCCGGAUGGCGAUCGAUCGGCCCCCUUGGCAAACUACACAACAUCGCCGUGUUUAUACGGAGUUCGACAGUGCACAGCGACGCAUGGCAGCGCCUGGCAGGCCGUGCACUUGGCAUUGACAAUGCAACAAGAUGGAAUUCAUGGUACAUGCUGCUUCGGACUGCACUCGAGAAGAAAGACAAGCUUAUGGUGUUUCAACAAGAGCAUCAUAAGUCCUUGGGUGAUGAUAGUCUCACGCAGGACGACUGGGAUGUCCUCAGGUUGACGGCGGACUUCCUCCAGCCCUUCUGGCAGGCUACGCUGGCGGAAGAGAAGAGGUGGUCGUCAUUAGAUCAGCUGCUUUACCACAUGGACAUCCUGCUCAAGCAUUUUGAGGAUGCAAAGGAGACGUACAGCGAUAAUCAACGUCUCAUCAACUCUAUCCACAUGGGCUGGUUUGUGCUUGACAAGUACUACUUUAAGACCGAUGAGACGCCGGUGUAUUCCGCGGCGCUGCUUCUCCACCCGUCAAAGCGAUUAAAGUACCUCCGGCAGAAUUGGUGCGAUGAUUGGCAUGAUGGUGCGAUCGAUAAAGCCAGGCAGAUUUGGGCUCAGUACAAAGAUCUUCCAGUUGCUAGUACUCCAAGGCGGCCGCCGGAGACGCAGAUGACAGCGUAUGAUAAGCUCGCGCAAUCGCUCGAUGUGACGGAGGCGAGUGACGACGAGGAUGAGCUGGAGAAGUUUAUUACCGGCUCUCCAUGCAAGAUCACAGUGAGUCCCCUUGAGUGGUGGACCAGAGAGGAGCAAAGGGUGGAGUAUCCCCGGCUGCAUAAGAUGGCUAUUAACGUACUUUCGAUUGCGCCUAUGUCGGACAAGGCCGAACGUGUCUUUUCAGGUACUGGGCGUACUGUGUCGUAUGAUCGUGCACGCCUCGGGACAGAAACUAUUGAGACGACGGAGUGUCUUGGAAGCUGGAACAAGAACGACCUCAUCCGGAAGGUGCAUGUAGUUCGAGACGAUGACAAUUCAGAAUGA